AUGGUGGCGGCUCCGUGCGCUCGCAGGCUGGCGCGGCGCUCGCACUCGGCGCUCAUCGCGGCGCUCACCGUGCUGCUCCUACAGACCCUGGUGGUGUGGAAUUUCAGCAGCCUGGACUCCGGCGAGGAGCAGCGGGCCGGCGGCGGCCGGGAGAAGCGGGACCGGGGCGGCGGCGCCGGUGAGAGCAGCGACCACCGGGCGCAUCAGCACCGCAGAGGACCUGCUGCAUUCCACAGCAAGGCGCUGGACCAGCCACCCCGUCCCUACACCGGCUUGGAGACCCAGGAUGGUUAUUUUUCCCACCGGCCAAAAGAGAAAAUGCGAACAGACAGCAAUAAUGAAAACUCUGUACCCAAGGACUUUGAAAAUAUUGAUAACAGUAACUUUGCUCCCAGGACUCAGAGGCAAAAAUACCAGCCUGAACUGGUGAAGAAGCCUCUUAGCAAGCAGAAGGAGCACUUGAAAAAGAAACUCGAGCAAGAAGGAAAGGUGAAGGAGAACUCACUCCUGGGGAAGAACUCCAAUGAAGUGCUUCAGUUCAGCCAUCAUGCUGUAAAGAAUAGCAGCAGCAGCAGCAAUUUGAAGGAGAUUCACAGGUCUCCCAGACAGCCUCAUUUAAAAAGGAGUGGGAACAGCUCCCCUGAAAUAAGAUAUGACCAGCCACCAAAAUGUGAAAUAUCGGGCAAGGAGGCAAUUUCAGCUCUGUCUCGGUCCAAAUCCAAGCACUGUCGGCGGGAGAUUGCAGAGAUAUACUGUCAACACAAGCAAGGAAAGCUGAUGCCUGAGAAGGUGAUGCGUUUGUGUCCCCUGGAUGGAAAAGCCAACAACAAUGUACUAUGGGAUGAGGACUCCGUAGAAUACAUGCCUGCCAACCCAGUCAGGAUCGCAUUUGUCUUGGUUGUUCAUGGCAGAGCUUCUCGGCAGCUCCAACGCAUGUUUAAGGCUAUUUACCAUAAAGACCAUUUCUAUUACAUUCAUGUUGACAAGCGAUCCAAUUACCUACACCGGAAAGUGCUCCAGUUUGCUAGCCAGUAUCCGAAUGUGAGAGUCACCCCUUGGCGAAUGGCAACUAUCUGGGGAGGAGCAAGUCUUCUGUCCACCUAUCUACAGAGUAUGAGGGAUUUAAUUGAGAUGAAUGACUGGCCCUGGGAUUUCUUCAUUAAUCUUAGUGCCGCCGACUAUCCCAUCAGGACAAAUGAUCAGCUAGUAGCAUUCCUGUCCAGGUAUCGCAAUAUGAACUUCUUGAAGUCGCAUGGGAGGGACAAUGCAAGGUUUAUUAGAAAACAAGGUCUGGACAGGCUUUUCCUAGAAUGUGAUACACACAUGUGGCGCCUUGGAGACCGGAAAAUCCCAGAAGGAAUCACUCUGGAUGGAGGAUCAGACUGGUUCCUAUUGAACAGGAAGUUUGUGGAGUAUGUCAUCUUUUCCAGUGAUGAUCUGGUGACAAAGAUGAAGAGGUUCUAUUCGUAUACUUUGCUUCCCGCUGAGUCCUUCUUUCAUACUGUCCUGGAAAAUAGCCCUCACUGUGACUCCAUGGUGGACAACAAUUUGCGCAUCACUAACUGGAACCGUAAACUGGGCUGCAAAUGUCAGUACAAGCACAUUGUUGAUUGGUGUGGCUGCUCUCCUAAUGAUUUCAAACCAGCAGACUUCCACAGAUUUCAGCAAACCGCCAGGCCAACGUUCUUUGCCCGCAAAUUUGAAGCCGUGGUGAAUCAAGAAAUCAUCGGUCAGUUGGACUAUUAUUUGUAUGGUAACUACCCAUCUGGCACGCCAGGCCUCAGAUCGUACUGGGAGAAUAUAUAUGAUGAGCCCGACGGCAUCCAUAGCCUUAGUGAUGUCAUUCUGACCAUGUAUCACUCAUUUUCCCGCUUGGGCCUAAGGAGAGCUGAGACGUCAUUGCACACUGAUGGAGACAACAGCUGCCGGUACUAUCCCAUGGGCCAUCCAGUUUCAGUCCAACUCUACUUCCUCGCUGAUCGUUUUCAGGGCUUCCUAAUCAAACAUCAUGCAACAAAUCUGGCUGUCAGUAAACUAGAGACUUUGGAAACUUGGGUGAUGCCAAAGAAAAUGUUUAAGAUUGCUAGUCCACCAAGUGAUUUUGGAAGGCUGCAGUUUUCAGAGAUUGGCACUGACUGGGAUGCCAAGGAAAGGAUAUUUCGGAACUUUGGAGGACUUAUUGGGCCGAUGGACGAACCAGUUGGCAUGCAGAAGUGGGGAAAAGGCCCUAAUGUCACAGUCACUGUGAUCUGGGUGGACCCUAUCAAUGUAAUCGCAGCUACAUAUGAUAUCCUUAUUGAAUCUAGUGCAGAAUUUACUCACUACAAACCACCUUUGAAUUUGCCACUGCGGCCUGGAGUCUGGACCAUUAAAAUUCUGCACCGCUGGGUACCUGUAGCUGAAACCAAAUUCCUUGUUACUCCUCUUACAUUCUCCAACAGGCAACCUAUCAAACAAGAAGAAUCCAUGAAGUUGCAUAGUGGGCCUCCUAAGAACGCAUACAUGGAGCAGAGCUUCCAAGGCUUGAAUCCGGUUUUAAAUAUUCCUAUCAAGGCAGCUCAAGUGGACCAGGCAAAAAAGAAUGCAGCGCUCGUAGGUACCAAGCUGGAGAAUUGGGUGGACACCUUGGUCAGCAGCAUAUGGUCAGCGGUGGAUGUCUGUAGCACAGGUCCAACUUCCUGUCCAGUCAUGCAGGCUUGCAGUCAAACAGCCUGGAGCUCUCUGAGCCCAGACCCUAAGUCAGAGCUGGGUCCCAUUAAACCUGAUGGGCGUUUGAGGUAG